GCCCGAAAAUGACCGGCUCCUCUUCCCAAUUCCAGCAGCUCGAAAAACUCGGCGAGGGCACGUAUGCCACCGUGUACAAAGGGCGCAAUCGUGCCACAGGCGCCCUCGUGGCAUUGAAGGAAAUCAGCUUGGAUCUGGAGGAAGGCACGCCCUCCACGGCCAUCCGGGAAAUCUCGCUCAUGAAGGAGCUCAACCAUGAGAACAUCGUCACGCUCUACGACGUGAUCCACACGGAAAACAAGCUCACGUUGGUGUUCGAGUACAUGGACAAGGACUUGAAGAAAUACAUGGAGACCCACGGGUCCAACGGCGCGCUCGACUUGAAAAUCGUCAAGCUGUUCAUGUUCCAGUUGCUCAAAGGCAUCAUGUUCUGCCACGACAACUUCGUGCUCCACCGCGACCUCAAGCCGCAGAACCUCUUGAUCAACACAAAGGGCGAGUUGAAGAUCGGCGACUUCGGCUUGGCCCGUGCGUUCGGCAUUCCGUUCAACACGUUUUCCAACGAGGUCGUGACACUCUGGUACAGGGCGCCCGAUGUGCUUUUGGGCUCGCGCGCCUACACCACGUCGAUCGACAUCUGGUCCGCCGGCUGCAUUUUUGCGGAAAUGUGCACCGGCAGGCCGCUCUUUCCGGGCACUGCGGCGGACGACCAGUUGAACAAGAUCUUCCGCUUGUUGGGCACGCCGCACGAGAAGACGUGGCCGGGCAUCGAGAAGUACGCCAACUACUCGAAGAGCUGGCAGAUCUACGUGCCGCAGGACUUGCGGCUGAUCGUGCCGGGGCUCGACACCAUGGGCUUGAACCUCUUGGCCAACUUGUUGCAGAUGCGGCCCGAGGACAGGAUCACUGCGCGGCAGGCGUUACAGCAUCCGUGGUUCCACGAGAUUGUGAAUCCUGGUGCGGCGGGCGCCGGCUUGGGCGACCCAUACUUGCACCUGCAGAGCCAGCACCACCCGUAGAGCGAGGGUGGCGCCACGUUCAGUUCCGGAGACCAGUUUAGUUUUGUAUAGUAUCUUUGAUGAAUUGCGGUACUUGCUUAGGGCUGUAGGGGAGGGCACUAGGGGGUGGGCGUCCUGGGUGGGUCUGUUUGGAUGGAUAUGAUUGGGGACUGUGUUGGCCUGUCGGAGUGUGUGGGUAUGUAUGGGUCUUGGAUAGAUAAGGUUGAGUAUUGGAAUGGUAUGCUUGGGUGUGGAUAGAUAUGCUUGGGUGUGGAUAGAUAUGCUUGGGUGUGGAUAGAUAUGUUUCGUUGUCGGAUAGGUAUGUUUGGGCAUUGGAUAUAUAUGCUUGGUAUUGGAAUGAUAUGUUUGGGC